GGGGAGGUUAUUGCUGAGUCACUCGAGGACACGCGGUGCCGCUAUUUCUCGGGUUUCUGUUAAAGUAGCUUAUGGGAGCAGAUCUUCCCGACAUGAAUAGGAUUCGGAUCCAUGUGUUGCCCACGAGCAGGGGCCGCUUGACUCCCGUGCCCAGGGCUCAGGAGGCUUUGUCCUGCUCUUUCACGCACCGCCCAUGCUCUCAGCCCCGCAUGGAGGGCUACGAGUACUGCAUCAAGCACAUCCUGGAAGACCGGCAAGCUCCUUUCAAGCAGUGCAGCUACGUGUCCACCAAGAACGGCAGACGCUGCACCAGUGCGGCACCCAAGCCCGAGAAAAAGGAUGGGGUUUCGUUCUGCGCAGAGCAUGCCCGCAGGAAUGCACUAGCACUUCAGGCUCAGAUGAAGAAGUCAAACCCUGGCCCAACCAGUGAGUCUCUGCUCUUCCAGUUGAGCUCCUAUGCCCGUAAUGAUCUUGGCUCUCAAGCUCAGGAAAACAACAGAAGUGAAGCCAGCAGGAUUCUUGAUGAGGACAGUCUCAGUGAUAGUGACCAGGACGCUUUAACAGUGGAUCAGACAUGGAGAGGUGAUCUUGACAGUGAAGCUGACAGCCUAGACAGUGACCAGGAGGACCCUUUGAAGCAUGCUGGGGUGUACACAGCGGAAGAGGUGACUCUAAUAAUGCGGGAGAAGCUGAUUCGUCUGCAGUCUCUCUAUAUUGAUCAGUUCAAGCGAUUGCAACAUUUACUGAAAGAAAAGAGAAGGAAUUAUUUACACAGUCUGAAGACAGAACAGGAAACAAUUGGGAACAAUCUUCUCACGGGCCCAGAAGGCCUUUCCCCCAAGGAGCGUGAUAGCCUUAAGAGGCUGAAAGCAUUGCGACGAUACAGAAGGCGCUUUGGUGUAGAAGCACUACUUCAUCGACAGCUGAAGGAGCGCCGCAUACUCGCCACUGAAGGUGCAUCACAGCAGGCUCACACAACACGGUCUAGUCAGCGUUGCCUGGCCUUUGUUGAUGAUGUACGCUGCUCUAAUCCAAGCCUCCCCAUGGCCAGGCACUGUUUGUCCCAUAUCUGCCAAGACAGCAAUCAGGUCUUGUUUAAGCUGUGUGCGGGCUCAGAAGAGGUUCCUUGUAACAAACCUCAACCUGUCAGCCUUUCUGAGGAUCCCCGCUGUCCUCUACAUUACCCGUUACCAUCGCCUAUGUACAAGUCGGAACCAGCAUUAACAGUCCCAGUGCCGAUGGAUGUGGCUCCAGUAGAGCUUUAUUUGAGCACUGCUGAGUUGCAGCCUACUGAAAACUUGCCACUCGAAUUCAGUGAUGACCUUGAUGUUGUUGGGGAUGGAAUGCAGUGUCCCCCAUCUCCAUUGCUUUUUGACCCUUCUGCUGAACAACCUUUCAAGGACAUUUCAAGGACACCACUUGACGUAGCUGCUGAUGAAUCCCAAAGGGCCACUGGGAGCCAACCUCUGUUGACAGCAGAGUCCUUAGUAGGAGCGGCAGGCCAGAGUCAGUUGCAAGCCGUGGGGUUGUCCUCUUCUGUGCUUACAGACCCUUCAGAUGAAAGCCUGGUGUCACCGGCAGUGUCUACACCUAAUGGCAACAUAGAUUCCCAGUCUUUCACCUGAGUCGGAUACAUCAAUGAAACCAUACCCUAUACUGUUCCUUUCCUAACAUCAUUUGGAAUAAAUCCCAAGGUCUGUCAAAUGUACCGGCUUUAAAACGUCAUCUAAAGCCCCUGUGAACUCUAGCAGCUAUAACUUACAAGCUUUUGUAAUCCUCUAAUGAUAGGCUGCAGUCAUAUUUGCAUGUGUUACUGAAUUUUAGGUAACUGUUACCUAAUGUCAAUUUGUUACAAAAUCUAUUAAAAGCUAUGUGUAAAAAGUU